GUGUACUUAGCUAUUGGUACAGGUGUUUGUGCAUUAUUUCAGGUGUCCUGUUGGAUGGUCACAGGCGAGAGGCAAGCUGCACGAAUUCGAGCUCUAUACCUGAAAACCAUUUUAAGACAAGACAUUUCAUUCUUUGACACAGAAACAACCACUGGAGAAGUCAUUGGGAGAAUGUCUGGGGAUACGAUUCUAAUCCAAGAUGCCAUGGGUGAAAAGGUUGGGAAGUUCAUACAACUCAUGUCCACUUUUGUUGGUGGAUUUGCAAUGGCUUUUACAAGAGGAUGGCGUCUUACAUUGGUAAUGCUCUCCUGCAUUCCUCCACUUGUGGUUUUUGGCAGUCUCACAGCAGUAUUCGUAUCAAAAAUGGCAAGCCGUGGACAAAUUGCAUAUGCUGAGGCGGGAAAUACUGUAGAACAAACAGUUGGAGCUAUUAGAACAGUUGCAUCCUUCACUGGAGAGAAGCAUGCCAUAAACAAAUAUAAUGUAGCAUUACAACGUGCAUACACCUUCAUGGUUCAGCAGGGUCUUAUCUCUGGCAUAGGAACUGGUGCUGUUAUAGUUGUCAUGUUCAGCAGCUAUGGUUUAGCCAUAUACUAUGGUGCAAAAUUGAUCAUUAACAAUGGCUACAAUGGUGGACAAAUCAUCAAUGUCAUCAUCGCACUCAUGACUGGAGGAAUGGCUUUGGGACAGGCAUCUCCAAGCAUGGAUGCCUUUGCAGCAGGGGGAGCUGCAGCAUAUAAAAUGUUUAAGACCAUCAAACGGAAGCCACUGAUUGACAUCGAUGACACAAGUGGGCUAAUACUGGAAGACAUUAAGGGAGAUGUGGAACUAAAAAAUGUGUAUUUCAGAUACCCAGCAAGGCCUGAGGUACAAAUAUUUUCUGAUUUCUCACUGCGUGUUGCGAGUGGAUCCACGGCAGCUUUAGUUGGGCAUAGUGGAAGUGGGAAGUCGACAGUGAUCGGCUUGGUGGAAAGAUUCUAUGAUCCCGAAGCUGGUGAAGUUCUUAUAGAUGGUGUCAACUUGAAGAAACUGCAGCUCAAAUGGAUAAGGGAGAAGAUUGGAAUUGUUGGACAGGAACCCGUCAUGUUUACAACAACUAUAAAAGGGAACAUAGCUUAUGGGAAGGAAAAUGCAACAGAUGAUGAAAUCAGGACAGCGAUUGAGCUUGCUAAUGCCGCAAAGUUCAUUGACAAGCUGCCCUUGGGGGUUGACACCAUGGUGGGUGAGCACGGAACACAAAUCUCUGGUGGACAGAAACAGAGAAUUGCAAUUGCAAGGGCCAUCUUGAAGAACCCAAAGAUCCUACUUCUUGAUGAGGCAACAAGUGCAUUAGAUGCUGAAUCAGAACGAAUAGUUCAGGAUGCAUUAGUAAGAGUCAUGAAAAAUCGAACAACUAUUGUUGUUGCCCAUCGUCUAACAACAAUAAGGAAUGCAGAUGUCAUAGCAGUGGUUCACAUGGGAAAAAUUGUGGAGCAAGGCACACAUGCUGAGUUGACCAAGGAUCCAGAAGGAGCCUAUUCUCAGCUCAUUCGUUUGCAAGAAGGGGCCCAUCAAGCUGAUGAAGUACCUAGUGGAGACCCAGAUGAGGUAGAGAUCGUUGAUGAUGAUUUGACACUGAACAAAUCCAGUAGCCAGAAAUCAUCUGGAAAUAAGAGAUCCUUCAGCAGAGGUUCUUCAGGCGGAAGGCAAUUGUCACAUACAUUUGGCUCCUAUGAAAUUGAAGUAAAAGAUGAAGAAGAGAUGAAACCUCGAAACGUUUCAAUCAAACGGCUAGCUUGCCUUAACAAGCCAGAGGUGCCAGUUAUGCUUCUAGGAGCUAUUGCUGCAGCCAUAUCUGGUGUGGUCGCACCUAUCUUUGGGCUAUUGCUAUCAUCUGCCAUCAAAACUCUCUAUGAGCCUAAAGAUCAACUCAAAAAAGAUUCAGGCAUUUGGGCAAUUAGGUUUGUGGUGCUGGGCUGCGUUUCCUUGGUUUGUUCACCUGUGCAACGAUACUUAUUUGGAGUAGCUGGUGGCAAACUGAUUCUAAGAAUUCGAUCCAUGUCAUUUGAAAAAGUGGUGCACCAAGAAAUUAGUUGGUUUGAUGACCCUUCACAUUCAAGUGGUGCUAUUGGGGCAAGACUAUCUGCAGAUGCCGCAAACGUGCGUGGUCUUGUGGGUGAUAGCUUGGCAUUAGCGGCUCAGAACAUUGCAGCAGUAAUAGCGGGGCUUACAAUAGCAUUCUCAGCUAAUUGGAUACUGACAAUCGUUAUUCUAGUUUUGUUACCUAUUGUAGGUUUGCAGGGGUAUGUUCAGACGAAGUUUCUGCAAGGAUUCAGCGCAGAUGCCAAGGUCAUGUACGAAGAAGCAAGCCAAGUUGCAAAUGAUGCCGUAGGUGGCAUCCGAACUGUUGCGUCCUUUUGUGCAGAAGAAAAAGUAAUGGACCUUUACAAGCACAAAUGCGACGCCCCAUUGAAGCAAGGAGUCCGGCUAGGGAUCGUAAGUGGUUCAAGCUUUGGUUUCUCCAUAUUUGCACUCUACUGCACCAAUGCCCUUUGUUUCUAUGUCGGAGCUCAACUGAUUCAACAUGGAAAAGCAACAUUUGUAGAAGUUUUCAAGGUUUUCUUUACUUUGAUAAUUACUGCAACGGGAAUUUCACAAAGCAGUGCAUUGGGUCCAGAUACCAACAAAGCUAAGGAUUCUGCAGCUUCAAUUUUUGACAUACUUGAUAGUAAACCCAAGAUUGAUUCAAGUAAUGAUGUAGGUAUUACCCUACCUAAUGUCAGAGGAGACAUCGAGUUGCAACAUGUUAGCUUCAAAUACUCCAUGCGCCCUGACGUGCAAAUCUUCAAGGACUUAUGUUUGAGCAUCCCCUCUGGAAUGACUGUUGCUUUAGUUGGAGAAAGUGGUAGUGGAAAAUCAACUGUUAUAAGCCUAUUAGAAAGGUUUUAUGAUCCAGAUUCUGGGAAUAUAACAUUGGAUGGGUUGGAAAUUCGCAAGCUCAAACUAAGUUGGCUAAGGCAACAGAUGGGUUUGGUAAGCCAAGAGCCUAUAUUAUUCAAUGAAACAAUCCGUAAUAACAUUGCUUAUGGAAAACAAGGAGGUGCAUCUGAAGAUGAGAUAAUUGAAGCUGCAAAAGCAUCCAAUGCACACAACUUCAUAUCAGGCUUGCCACAUAGCUAUGACACACAUGUGGGAGAAAGGGGAGUGCAAAUGUCAGGUGGGCAGAAGCAACGGAUAGCCAUUGCAAGAGCAAUGCUGAAGGACCCAAAAAUCCUUCUACUUGAUGAGGCAACAAGUGCAUUAGAUGCAGAAUCAGAGCGUAUAGUUCAAGAUGCACUGGACAACGUUAUGGUGAACAGGACGACUGUGGUAGUUGCUCAUCGCCUCUCCACAAUCAAAGGGGCUGAUAUCAUCGCUGUGGUAAAGAAUGGUGUCAUUGUUGAGAAGGGAAGGCAUGAGGUGCUAAUGAAGAUAAAGGAUGGAGCCUAUGCUUCUCUAGUAGCACUGCACAUGAGUUCUACCUAAGAAAACCAUAUGUAGAGGAAAAAAAGUCCAGCAUAUAGCUAUGGUUUUCUUUGGUAUAAUUUCUAUUUAAAUUUAUGACCUAUUUAUGAUAAAGCAUUU